AUGUUCUCUGUGAUUUCUGGCCAUUGUCUCUGGUGGAGCGGGCUUCAAAGGAGACUGUGGCUGAAUCAACUGGUGCCGACAGGACAGCACUUUCGGCAUGUGCACUUGAAGGUUGGAGACCGAGCUGAGCUCAGCAGAGCCUUCACACAACAGGAUGUGGCUACCUUCUCAGCGAUAACAGGAGAUGUCAAUCCUUUGCAUUUAAGUGAAGAUUUUGCAAAACACACCAAGUUUGGAAAGACAAUUGUGCAUGGAGUUCUGAUAACUGGACUUAUUUCAGCUCUCCUGGGUACUAAAAUGCCAGGGCCAGGCUGUGUGUUUCUUUCCCAGGAAAUUAAGUUUCCAGCCCCUUUAUAUAUUGGAGAAGUGGUUUUAGCAUCUGCAGAAGUGAAAAGGUUGAAGCAAUUUGUUGCUGUUGUUGCGGUGUCCUGUUGUGUAAUAGAAAGUAAGAAGACAGUUAUGGAAGGCUGGGUUAAAGUUACAGUCCCAGAAGCUCCUAGAUCCUGAUGUACAAGUGUAAAGUUAUAAGUUGAAACACCUGUGCCCAUCAGGGGGAUGGACCGUGUUCUUCAUUAAGGAAUGCUGGUAUAUCUGGAAGCCAGCAGACGGCUUGUUCUAAUGUCUGCUUUCUAGAUUGGCUUAUGCUUUACCCAGGCUUAAGUCUGUGCAAGAUUUUAUUAUCUGUGGAGAUUUGGGUUUUUUCCAAUUAAAAAACAAUUGAGAGGGACUGGAGAGAUGGCUCAUGAGUUACAAUCACUGGCUGCUCUUCCAGAGGAUCUGGGUCCAACGCCUAGCACCCACAUGGCAGCUCACAGCUGUUCGCAACUCUAUUCUUGGAAUCUAAUGCCAUCUUCUGGCCUCUGGAAACUACAUGCAGAUGGUACACAGACACACAUACAGGCAAAACAACCGUACAAAUACUAAUACAUACAAAUAAUAAUAACAGCAAAAAUCCUUGUAAAAAUUGAGAAAGCUAUUUAUCUGCAUGUUUUACUUAUGUUUGUAUUUGAUAACGUGCCUAUAUUUGUUUUUAGGAAGUUUCUUACUGAAUUUAUACCACUGUGUAUUUAGUUACUAACUAUAAUGAUGGAAGUAGGGUCAUCUUUGAAUGUCUACUCUUUACCAUUAAAUAUUCUUAACCCUUUCUCAGUUGUUUGUGGGUUAGGUUUAUAAUUGUUUAUAUGCUUUCCCACUUGGGAGGCAGAGGCAGGCGGAGCUCAAGGCCAUCCAGAUGAGCAUAGCAAGUUCCAGGACAGCCAGGGCUACAUAGAGAGACCCUGUCUCAAAUUAAUAAAAAACAAAAAUGCCAACUA